AGGUUUCACUCCUGAAUCAGGAGCCGCCUGGUAUGAACUCUCAGUGGGGCUCAGAGAGGAGCUUCCAGCUGUGCCAAGAGCUGUUUGAUUUUGUGCCAAAGGAGGAAGAAGGAAAGAAAUCCUGCAAAGCUCUGAAAUACUGAUGGGGCAAAAGUUGGUCUAAGGGUAUUGCAACUGGGAAAAGCGAAAGAAGAGACGAAGCAGUUCAAGGCACAAGGAAACAGGAUGGGAAACAUUUGUCGGAAGUACUGCACCUGUUUGAAACCCUGUAUCCCUUGCUUAUUCUCAGCGAAGGAAGAUGAAAAGGAAGACAAAAUCGGCCAAACUUUUCCCAACCUUGCUGUGAUAUACACUGACAACCAGACAAGCGAGGAAGCCAAAGAGAGUGAGAAAAAAAGCAAGCCCUUACCUCCGCUGCCUGGCCAGCAUCUGGUGAACAUUUGUAACUUUGUGGCACUCUUCAGCUAUGAGGCUCGCACAGAGGAAGACUUGAGCUUUCAAGCCGGGGAAAAGCUUGCAGUGCUGGAUGCAUCCCACGAGGGCUGGUGGUACGCUAGGCUCCUCCUGCCACCAGGGUCAGUCUCUCCUGGCCGCAAGCUCCAGGGCUACAUCCCUGCCAACUACAUAGCUCCUGACCAGAGCAUCGAAGCUGAGCCAUGGUUUUUUGGCCCAAUCAAGCGAGCAGAUGCUGAGAAACAGCUGUUGUAUCCUGGAAACCAGUCAGGAGCCUUCCUAAUUCGAGAAAGCGAGAGUCUAAAAGGCGAAUACUCCCUUUCAGUUUUAGAUGGUGAAUCUGUGAAGCACUACAGGAUCCGAAGUCUGGAUAAAGAAGGCUUUUUCCUAAGCAGACAGAAAGUUUUUAAAACUCUGAAUGAGUUUGUUUACUAUUACAGUAAGAAUAGUGAUGGCCUUUGCGUGGUGCUUGGAAAACCAUGUUUGAAGGUACAAAUUCCUAAUACUUUUGAUUUGACAUAUAAAACUGUUGACCAGUGGGAGAUAGACCGAAAUUCUUUGAUAUUCGUUAAAAAAUUAGGAUCUGGUCAGUUUGGUGAGGUAUGGGAAGGACGGUGGAACAAUACUACCCCUGUGGCAAUCAAAACAUUAAAACCAGGUUCAAUGGAUCCAAAAGACUUUCUGAGGGAAGCACAAAUAAUGAAGAACUUGAGACAUCCAAAGCUUAUACAGCUUUAUGCUGUUUGUACCUUGGAAGACCCAAUUUAUAUUAUUACAGAGCUUAUGAAAUAUGGAAGUCUUCUAGAAUACCUUCAAAAGGAUGCAGGCUCCAAAAUCUUCUUGAAACAACAAGUAGACAUGGCUUCUCAGGUGGCUUCUGGGAUGGCUUACCUUGAAACCCAGAACUAUAUCCAUCGGGAUUUGGCUGCCAGAAACGUUCUUGUUGGUGAACACAGUGUUUACAAAGUGGCGGAUUUUGGACUUGCAAGAGUUUUUAAGGUAGAAAAUGGAAAUAUGUGUGAAACCAGGCCUGAAACAAAACUUCCAGUGAAGUGGACAGCCCCCGAGGCAAUCUGCUACAACAAAUUCAGCAUUAAGUCAGAUGUGUGGUCGUUUGGAAUACUUCUCUAUGAAAUAAUGACUUAUGGAAAGAUGCCAUAUGCAGGCCUGUCAGGACACCAGGUGAUCCAGAUGCUGGGCACGGGGUACAGACUGCCUAAGCCCAGGUCCUGCCCACAGGCUGUCUAUGAGAUGAUGAUGCAGUGCUGGAGCCAGGAGGCCAGCGAGAGGCCCACCUUCCAGGGCUUGUGCUGGCAGCUGGAGAGCUUCACAGAGAAUGACAUCAGUGCCAACACCUAUGGCAUCGCCAAGUGAACCCCAAGGUGGGGGUUGAUGUGGAAAAGUGGGUGAAUGUGACUGAAGGGGUGGCUGUGAAAUUAAUUUAAGCCCAGAUGUGGAGUGAGACGUUAUGAAGUGAAGACAAGGAGGGCUGGUACAUUGUCACGCCAAUGUUGGCACUCAAAGACACUUCAAGUUUUUGCUGCUGGCAAGUGUUUUGCAAGACUAAGCAUCAGGAAGCUGGAAGGGUGGGGGCUUCUCAAAUACAAACUGUCUUCUAUUUAUUUUUUAAAUAUCUGAUCACAAGAAUGAAAAAAAAAAGAAAUUAAACUCAGUAACACGUUUCAUAAUUUCU